CUUCAAAGUCUUUGAAAGUUCAAACUCAAAUUCUUCUUGUCAUCUUCGAUCAUUUCAUUCAACCUUGUCAAAAACAAGAAUGGUUGUCCCUUCUCCGUCUCCAAUGCGAACCAAGAAAACAAGAGCGGUCGGGAUUCCUACCAUUGAUCUUUCUCUCAGUAAGCCAAAAUUAUUGGAGCUAAUCGUAAAAGCAUGUGAAGAGUAUGGAUUCUUUAAGGUCACUAACCACGGCGUGCCCAAGGAGGUAAUAUCAAGAUUGGAAGAGGAAGGGACUGAUUUUUUUGCAAAACCGGCUGUGGAAAAACAACGAGCUGGGCCUGCUAGGCCUUUUGGUUAUGGUUCCAAGAACAUCGGCUUAAAUGGUGAUUCGGGUGAGCUUGAGUAUUUACUUCUUCAUACAAAUCCUUUCUCCAUAGCUGAAAGAUCCAGAGCUAUCUCAAAUGACCCUUUAAAUUUCAGUUGUGCGGUGAAUGAUUAUGUAGGAGCGAUUAGAGAAUUAACAUGCCAAAUUCUUGAUCUACUGGCUGAGGGAUUGGGGGUCCCAGAUAAGUUCGUCUUCAGUAGACUCAUCAGAGAUGUUCACAGUGACUCACUUCUUAGGCUAAAUCAUUAUCCUCCUCUCAACCAUUGGGAAUGGGACCCAUCAACUAAACGUCAUCACCAGCAUCACUCUUUAAACAAUAGAGUUGGAUUUGGGGAGCACUCUGACCCUCAGAUCUUGACCCUUUUGAGAUCUAACGAUGUGGGAGGCUUUCAAAUCUCUUUACAUGAUGGGUUGUGGGUUCCAGUCCCACCUGACCCCACCCAAUUCUACGUGCUUGUUGGUGAUGCAUUACAGGUUCUGACAAAUGGGAGAUUUACAAGUGUAAGACAUAGGGCAAUGGCAAACUCAAUGAAGCCAAGAAUGUCAAUGGUGUACUUUGGGGCACCACCACUAGAUGCGUGGAUUAAUUCUCUCCCAGAGAUGAUAUCUUCUGACAGACCAAAUCUAUAUAAGCCCUUCACUUGGAAUCAAUAUAAACAAGCUGUCUACUCUUUAAAGCUGGGGGAUACACGUCUUGACCAAUUCAAGAUUAAUGCCGACGAUUAAAUCGCAUCAUAUCAUAACUGGU